GCUUGGCUGUUCGACCCUGACGCCGAUGCUGACGAUUGUAGCUGCGUUUCGAAUAGAAUUCACGCUUCUCUCAUUUCAAAAAGUUGCCCACCAGCUAAAAACUUUCAUUGCAAAUCCGAACAGCCAGGUGGAAGAGUUACUGAUCUUGACAAGUGUCGAGUUCCUGGACCGUCUUCUGAGGAGGAAGAAGAACCCCCCUGUGAAGAAGAAUGUCCUGCCUCUGAGAAAGAACCCGUGGAACCUCCUCCUCCAUGUACUCCCAGAUCUGCAACUGAGGAAUGUUUUGCGAAACUGCCUUGCGACGAAGAAAUCGACGAUUUCCUCGAGAUGCUCGUGCAUCAAUAUUUGUCAUUGUACACUUUUUCCAUGAAAGCGACUCGAGCCGCUUGGGAGACUUGCCUCGAACCAGAACCGAUUGCAGAAACGAUUUCUCCUUCAGGAAAAGUUUGCACAGUAAAACACGAAGAAGCAGUG